AUGGAAUCAAAUUGUGCCAUAUGUUUGGAACAAUUAAAAUAUCCGCUUGGAAGACCAGAUAAUUGUAAGCACAAAUUCUGUUUUAAAUGUAUUCGCGAUUGGUUAAAAAAGCGAUCACAAUGCCCACUUUGUGGUGGAGAGCCAAAAUAUCUAAUUAAAAUUGAAGAAACAAAAAAUGAAAGAAAAGUGCCAGUAAAAAAAAGAACAAAGGAACAAUUUAAAAAUGAGCUUCUUGCCCAAGAACAACUGGAAAAUGAUCAAGGCGGCCCUUCAAAUGAAGAUAUUACCAUUGAAUAUGCAAACUGCCGAUCAUGCAGAAGUUCAGAUAAUGAACAUUUACUGCUACUCUGCGACGGAAACAUUGGUCAAAAUGCUGAUGGUUCUACGAUUUGCUGUAAUGUCGCCUAUCAUUGCUAUUGCUUACCGGAGAAACUGGAGCGAAUCCCGGAAAAUGACCGGUUUUGUCCAUUCUGCGAAAACAAACCAGAAAAUGCACAGCAUUUUGUAGGACAAACAAAUUUAAAUGUUUCACGUUCAGAAGAAGCUGGUAGUAGUAGUUCAAGACAAUUAAAGAAUGAGACUGAUGUAUCGAAAUGUCAUCUAAGCGGAUGUUUGGAGCAAGGUAAUAUGAAAAUAGAAACUGGAUGCAGCAAAAUUAGAAAUUCCGAAUCAACGCUUAUUCAAGAUGCUUAUGGUGAUUCGGAUACGGAAAGUGAAUCAAGAGACUAUAGUAAUGAAAAGAGGACAAAUUUUGAUGUAUUGGACGACGACGACGAUGACGAUGACAGUGAUGAUGGUGAGGAUGAUGAUGAUGAUUGUAACGAAUCAGAUGAAACAGAUUCUGAGCAAAAAUUCCACCAAGCGAUAUUUCGCGAUAAUUACAGACGAAGAAGAGGAAUGAAGCGUAAUCAAGGAAUUACAUAUCGCCGAUAA